CGCUGUUUUUGUAUCUGCUUCAGAGCGGAUUCAACCGCCAAGUAAGUUACAUUUUGCCAUGUCACGCUAAAGAAGUUUGAGACCAGUUUAUUUAUAGAAAACUGGACUGGCGUGGGCACUGAGACAUAUGCCGCUGGAUAUAUGAUCUGAAAUGAGAGCCCGUCGUGUUUUUUUGAAGGUAAUUCCCCGUGAUUUUUGAGCCGCUGUUAGUACUGUAUAGCUAAUGUUACACAGUGAAGCCAGAAGCCUCAUGUUUUCGUCAAGCCAGGAGGAGCACUGCGCCCCGUCCAAAGACCCAGUGAAAUACGGGGAGCUGGUGGUGCUGGGGUACAAUGGCUCUCUGCCCAAUGGAGAUCGGGGUAGACGGAAAAGCAGAUUUGCGCUAUACAGGAGGACCAAAGCCAAUGGUGUUAAACCAAGCACUGUGCACAUCCUCAACACUCCCCAGGCCAGCAAGGCUGUGAGCUGUAAAGGCCAACACAGUAUCUCCUACACACUGUCCAGGAACCAUACAGUAGUGGUGGAGUACAGCCAUGACAAAGACACAGACAUGUUUCAGAUCGGGCGCUCCACUGAGAGUCCCAUAGACUUUGUGGUGACUGACACAGUAGCAGGCGGCCAGGAGGGAGAGGAGACUCCCAUCACACAGAGCACCAUCUCUCGUUUUGCCUGCCGAGUUGUCUGCGAGCGUAACCCACCGUUCACCGCACGCAUCUACGCAGCAGGUUUUGAUUCUUCCAAAAACAUCUUCCUUGGGGAGAAAGCUGCAAAAUGGAAGAACCCUGACGGCCACAUGGACGGACUAACAACCAACGGCGUGCUGGUGAUGCAUCCUAGGGGUGGAUUCACGGAGGAGUCAAAGCCUGGUGUAUGGAGGGAGAUCUCUGUUUGUGGGGACGUUUACACCCUGAGAGAGACUCGCUCAGCACAGACCCCAGGCAAACUGGUGGAGCAUGAGAGUAACAUCCUGCAGGACGGCUCCCUGGUGGAUCUAUGCGGAGCCACUUUGCUGUGGCGUACUGCGGAAGGCCUCUUUCACACUCCCACCCAAAAGCAUCUGGAGGCUCUCAGGCAGGAGAUCAACGCAGCACGUCCCCAGUGCCCUGUAGGUCUCAACACGCUCGCCUUCCCCAGCAUGCAACGCAGCCGCGCCCUCUCCUCUCUGGAAGACAAGCAGCCUUGGGUCUACUUGGCCUGCGGCCACGUGCACGGCUACCACAACUGGGGCCACCGGUCGGAGCACGAGCCCAACACCCAGCGAGAGUGUCCCAUGUGCCGGGUGGUGGGGCCCUACGUGCCACUGUGGCUGGGUUGCGAGCCCGCCUUCUACGUGGACACAGGUGCGCCCACUCACGCCUUUGUGCCAUGCGGACACGUGUGUUCGGAGAAAUCGGUCAAGUACUGGGCGGAGAUCCCUCUGCCCCACGGCACCCACGCCUUCCAUGCCGCCUGCCCCUUCUGUGCCACCCAGCUCAGCCUCACUCAGGGCUGUUCCAAGCUAAUCUUCCAGGGCCCGGUGGACUGAGCUAACAGGUCCUGCUCUGGCAGAGGAGAUUAGACAGGAAUGCCAACAUGCUGUGAAACUGUUCAGAUUAUUUUGUGCUUUCUUUUGUUCGUGUAAGCCAGCUGUGGAAAGGAGCAAGUCUUCUUGAGUUCUGGUCAUAUACUGUGGAUUCUGCACAACAGAGAGCCAUUACAGAUUGUUCAGGGCCUCUUGUGGCUAUGUGGAUGGCCACUGUGGGAUACAGAGACGUGGAGCACACUGGACCACAGAUGCCUUGCUCCUCCAGAAUGAAAUACUGUUUCAGCUGUCCUGCAAACCAACUGCUUUAAAAAAAAGACUGUUUUAAACUACAAUGGCUGCUGGUUUCCCAUCAGAGAGCCGUGGAUUUAAAUUUGUAGAAGGAAUGAAAUGAUUUUACUCUUGAAUCAGACUGAACCAGAUAACAGUGGUGUAUUUGGUUCUAUUGGGAAAGAAAGGGGGGGGGGGAGGUAUAGUUCAAUUCCUGGAGGGUAUAAGACAAAGUUUUUACAGAGCCAGACAGCUGGACUGUUGGCUGGGAGAGAAGCCAGGAGAAACUUGGGGUCUAAUGGCUUACUAGUUAAGUGCUCCCCAUUGCUGUCAGCCCUGAACCCCCUAAUGGCAUCUAGAUCAUGUAGCUCUCCGGAUUUUGGCUUCCAUUUGCUGAACAAACUUAGAAGAGGGGGGAAAAAAGACUUUUUGUGUACAGAGAUAUAAUCCAGUGCCUCAAAUCCCAUUAAACGGUGGGAAUAUUUUUAAUAAACGAGAAAAGAUAUUUUGUCGAAGGCAAAGGGAGAGAUAGUUUUGCAUACGUGAGGAAACGACAGCCCACAUGGAUUCUUCAACACAUUUUUAUCUGACAGAAGACGUAUUUUACUACACUGAGGCCCUUGUACUGUUUUGUAAUGCAAAUGUUAAUAUAUUUUUCUCCUGCAUAAAUAAUGUGUGUGUGAGAAUGUUUGAGAGUGCGUGCAUGCGUGUGUGAUUGUGUGUGUGUGGGUUGGAUCGUGUGGGUGCCCUUGGGCUUUGUUUAAAUCGCCCUGCAUCAUUUCACCCCAAUCCCCUUUCUAUGAUCUCGCCCACCACCCAAAACACUACCAGAGAGAACACAGGAAUUAAACCAACCUCGCAGGGUUUGACAAUGAAUGUACUGAAAUACAUCGACUCUCCUCACUGGUGGUGCUUCGAUUAUACAACUUGCUUUCUCAGUGGCUGUGCUGUUAAAGGUAAAGGUGACGGCCUAUUCGCAGUGAAAGACAACAUUGGAACUGUACUACCAUUAUGCAUCAUCCUGCUUGCUACCUUGCUAGCUAGCUGUGUCCCUGCCCCACACACACAUGUACUGUAUUCAAUCUGCACUGUUGUUAGCUUUAUCCCAUGCUGGGUCUGAUCCAAUGAUUUGUACGCUGUCAAACCUGGGCACAGUCUCAGCAGCAUCCAGAGAUUAUACCAAAUAUAAGGAGGAGUUUUUUUUUCCCCCUCCACACGCGAGAUGUAACGACCACUCUCUCCGAUCCAAAGUGUUUCUGUAAACAAUCCCUAAACCCAAACUGCUGCUAUGGUGGAGUGUUGACGGCUCUGGAUUACAGUCAAGGCUGUUCAGUCGCUCGCAACCAGCUUCCAUGGGAAUAAUGAUAUUAUCACACGCUAUGCCAAAUUUGGUAAACUCUAUUGUGUGUGGAUGAGUCAAGUUGUCCGGAAACAAAGUAGCAGAUCAAUUGAAACUAAAAAAUCUGGGACGAAUCUGUGCAUUCUUCUGUGAUGGUAGCUCACCAGACUGUGCCCAUAUGUAGAGUGUAGUUGAAGGCAUUAAUCCUGCCUUUAGUUUAGCAAAUAUUGAGCAUUAAAACUAUAAGACAUUGAAGGUAACGCUCCUAUCAUAGCAUUCGAAUUUUCUUCAGGUUGGAUUAUGACAACUAAAACUCAGAGGUAUCACUGAGGGGCAGAAUCUACCUUGAAGUGCGGCUGUAUAGGGUACUUGUCCAUAGUUGGUUUAUUACCUACAGUAGAGCUCAGUGAGCGUGCUCCCACUUUGGAGAAGCAGCAGGACUAGCGACAUGGACUUCUUUAACAGUUUAUGUGUAUGCUAUAUGAAGGGUAUAUUCAGUGUUUUAGCUUUUGUGUCAGAAAGCCUGUUCUGAAGGGGAGGGAGUUCACGUGAAAUCUGCUGUCUCAUGUCAACAUAAAGCAGUGAAAUUGUUCCAAACACAGCGUACAUUACACUGAUGUUGAUAUUUUUAGAUGGCUUAAAUACGUUUUGCGCUGCCCCCAUCCACAGCAGUACAUUGCUUAGCUUCUGUGUCGGUAUCCAGCCUGCUUCUCCAAACUGGGGGUGUGCCGAAUGACAUCUACUUUAUGUAAC